UGACUCUGCGCCAGUGUCCGUGGCAGGGAGUUGUCUGGCAAGAGGGAACCGAGGGUGGGAGGAGUGUGCAGCUCCCCUUAUGGUGCACUGUAAAGGCAUCACUCCAGGGAUUGCAGUGGUGGUCCUCUAUGACGAGUCUUGCUAAUGGAAAAACUUCCAGCACUGGUGCAUGUGGCAAGGACGCUCACCUACAAUGGAGUAGACAGGAGCAACACAUUUCGAAGAACACCAGUUACGGACCAGGCUACAGAAUAUCGUCCAUGUUUCUCUCCAAAUCAUCCCCUCCUCCUAGGGGGAAUAAAAUGGCUGCAGUGGAGCUGGCUCAGGGGUCGGUGACCUUUGAGGAGGUGGCUGUGUAUUUCACCAGGGAAGAGGCGGCUCUGCUGGACCCCACUCAAAGAGCCCUCUAUAGGGAUGUCAUGCAGGAGAACUACGAGACGGUGGUCUUGCUGGUAGGGUUUCCAAUUUCCAAACCUGAUGUGAUCUUGCAACUGGAACGAGGGGAAGAACCAUGGGUCCUGGACCUCCAGGGCUCAGAAAAAGAAGUGCUCCCAAGAGCUGUCUUCACAGAGAGUGACCUAUGUCUGGAUUCUUUCUGUCUCCCAUCCGGUGAUGGGAUGGUGAGUGAGAAUGAGGAGGAGAAACCCCAGCAGGAAGAUGCUGUGCAAGUAGUACCACGUGAAACAUUAUCAGGAAGCUCCAAAGGGAAUGUUUCCAGGAGUUGUGAACUCUCAGAAAACACAAAAGCUUGUGAGACUCAGCAGAGGCCAGAGGAAAACUACAGUAGCCACUCAGACCUUCUUACAUGUGACAGAAUCAACUUGGAAGAGAGACGCUAUGCCUGCCAUGAGUGUGGGAAAAGCUUCAGUCGGAGCUCACACCUUCUCAGACAUCAGAGAAUCCAUACAGGGGAGACACCCUACACAUGCUCUGAGUGUGGGAAAAGGUUCAGUCAGAGCUCUGCCCUGAGUGCACACAGGAGAAUCCACACAGGUGAGAAACCAUAUGGAUGCACUGAGUGUGGGAAAAGCUUCAGUCGGAGCUCACAGCUUAUCACACAUCGUAGAAUACACACUGGAGAGAUGCCCUACACGUGCUCCGAGUGUCAGAAAAGUUUCAGUUGGAGCACACAUCUUAUCAGACACCAGAGAAUCCACACAGGGGAGACUCCCUACACAUGCUCUGAGUGUGGAAAAAGCUUCAAUCAGAGCUCUGCCCUGAGUACACAUAGGAGAAUCCACACAGGUGAGAAACCGUAUGGAUGCUCUGAGUGCGGGAAAAGCUUCAAUCAGAGCUCUGCCCUGAGUACACAUAGAAGAAUCCACACAGAUCAGAAACUGUAUGGAUGCUCUGAGUGUGGGAGAAGCUUCAAUCACAGCUCUGCCCUGAUCACACAUCAGAAAAUCCACACAGGGGAGAAGCCCUACACAUGCUGUGAGUGUGGGAAAAGAGUCAGUUGGAGCUCACACCUUAUCAGACACCAGAGAAUCCACACAGGAGAGACGCCCUACACAUGCUCUGAGUGCGGAAAAAGCUUCAGUCAGAGCUCUGCCCUGAGCACACAUAGGAGAAUCCACACAGGAGAGAAACUCUAUAUAUGCUCUGAGUGCGGGAAAAGCUUCAAUCAGAGCUCAAACCUUAUUAGACAUCACAAAAUCCACAUGAGUGAACUGUUAUAAAUUCUUUGACAAGAGCUGGCCAAAGUUUUUUUUUGUUUUUUGGUUUUUUUUAAUCACAUUUGCUAAUUCCCACAUAGUGAUUUUUGCACCAUCUUCACCGUGGUGUCUCAGCUCCCCCAGAUGAGUUGCCUGCUUCUGCCUUUUGCAGCUCUCCCUUCUUUGGGGUCAAUCCUCUGAUUUUUUUCUCUCAACUCCUUUCCUUUUGAGUCGUUGGAGUGUGUGUCCCUCCAGCCAGGAAUGUUCAUCCGCUCCAGGUGGGGGGAGAGAGGUUUAAUCCCAGCAAGCUACAUUGAGGCAAAAACUACCUGUUCCAUACAUCCACUAGGACUGUGCAUGACGUUGGCUGCUCAAGAUCUUGGAGUAAAAAGACAAUUACAAUUGUAGUGCAGAUGCAGCCCAGGUGUAGUGGUUGGCAUUAGCUUUCCCCUUGACCUAACCUAAACUCCAUCCCUUUCUCUAGUCUUAACAACCCUGAGUAUCACGGUUAUAUUGUUCCCUCAUUUCAAAGUAAUUGUUAGUCAUCAGGUUCCCCCUUCGGGAACAAAUUGUUUCAUUCCCAGUUGCUCUGAUGUUUCUUGAGGUUGUACUGAAGAGCAGAUAUUUUUGCUACCAUUUUCCUCACUUAAAAUAUAUUGAACAAUAAGAAAGAGCAGGAACAGGGCAGGGAUAGGAAAAAAGAUCAUUUCACCCUCUGUAAUAACAGAAGAAGAUAGGGUAAGUCAGAGGGAUUCCCUUAUUCCCCAUCACCAUCCCAAUCCCCCUGUUGUUCAAUUGGUUAGGUCAGUCUUUUUUUCUAAAGGGCUGGGAACAGGAUUCCCUAGUAAAUGACUUGGAACUAAGUAAAAUACCCAUGCAUUUGGCUCCCAAAGCAAUUCUGGCCCAGACCCUGCAAGAGGUCGCUCCUGAAGAUAGCUCCUUCCUAAUCAGCUGCAUGUUGCCUGUUAUUUGAGAAAUACAGUCCCUUUCUAGGUAGAAAUGGGGAAAAUGAAAGUGACGUUUCUGUUCAGCUCACCCCUGGGAGAUGCUGCAAAUGUGUAGAAAAUGAAAUCCAUGUUGAAUGUGAUAUAGCUGCAGAAAGAUACCUAUUCUUAAUAGACACCUGCCUUUUGGUGUCUUACAGGGAUUCUAAGCAUACCUGAAUUUAGUUCCUAUUUUAAAUCUGUGCCACCAGAUUAAAGACAUAAAAGGGCAUAUUUGGGGGAGUUGUACCUCACUAUCGCUACUGAUCUGUUGUGUGGUUGGUGAAGAAUUUUACUCCAGAGGAGUGUAAAAUUACUCCAAGUAAGGUCAAAGAUUUGACAAGACCUCAGGUAGAAAUUGCAGGUAAUGGAGGUUGAUUUUCACCCCAGAGAUGGAAGCUACGGUGACCUAUGGCCCAGGUAAACUAUUUUUAGAAUGCUGCUCCCUAGUUAAGUGGCAUUGAUCACACUCCUAAAGGAUGCCAUGAUUAAAUUGGGAACAACUGUCUUUUACCAUCUGGCUCCAAAGUUAGGUGAAGUUAGAGAGAAACAGCUGAUUCCUUCAGAGCCAUUCCAUGCCUAUGGGUCCCAGUCUGGCUGCCUUGUUGGACAAGACGCACUUCCAUGCUGGGCAAAUGAUGGUAGCCAAUGGGGGAAUGUAUCAGAUUCCAAGUUUAGACUUCAGGAUACAUGAAUGCUGAGUCCAGAGUCUGUGGUUUGAUCUCUUAGGGCAGGUCUACACUACCCACCAGAUCAGCGGGUAGUGAUCGAUCUAUCAGGGGUCAAUUUAUCAUAUCUAGUCUAGAUGUUAUAAAUCAGUCCCUGAGCUCUCUCCCAUUGACUCUGGUACUCCAGCACCGCGAGAGGCGCAAGCGGAGUCAACAAGGGAGCAGCAGCAGUCGACUCAGCACUGUGAAGAUGCCAAGAUAAGUCGACCUAAAUACAUCGACUUCAGCUGUGCUAUUCCGUAGAUGAAGUUGCCUAUCUUAGAUUGAUCCCCCCUCCUAGUGUAGACCUGUGCUUAGUUUUGCUCUUGAGUCUAAUGCAUUUGUAUCACUUCUCCUCCUCCUGCUUCUUUGAAAGAUUAGAAAGUGUGAAAAUAGAGCACAGGUGCUCUACUUGCUCAGCAUCUUGCUGCUGGGGUUUCCCCUUCUCAUUUUCACUUACCAUCCGAACACCUGAUGGCAGACAGAGAGAAUGAGACAUAGGUCACUCCCUCCACCUGAGAGAAAGGAAAUCUAUGCCAUUACCUGGUUCGUAAGCUGCAGCUACAGUUCCUGCUCCAGGUGAAUCCAAAGCCCGAGAGGUGCAGAGAUCCAACCCCUUAUUAUCUUAGAAACACUUUAUUCCUUUUUCUAUUUUUUAUCUGUUUCUUUUUAUGAACUUGGAGACCUCCCAGCCUUUCUAUUAGAUUGGGGUGUAACAGUGCGGCUUGGUGAGGGUGUGAACACCUCUGAAAUCUACAACAGGAAGAUGUUAGGAAGAAUAGUUCCCCAAAUCUUAUUUGCCUUAAAACUCUGCCCCAUGAAAUGACUCAACACAUGCUCCUCACCUAUGGAAGCAUUGCAAGGAAUUGAGCGGUCAGAUAUGUAUUGUUCAGCGAGACCAGUUUGAACUUCUUUUACUAAUGUCUCUCUAAGGUCUGUAUGUGUUCUGGGGCAAGAGGGCGAGGAGAAGUAUUAGCUACACAAUAAUGAAAUCUAAGGAGAAAACUGUAAUUAGCUUUGAGAUUGUGGGCUAAAUGUAAGCAAUAAUUUGAUUUCGGCAAUGAAAUAUUCAGCUAGGUAAAUCUGUGUUGCACUGCCUGGGUAAAAAACUCUGAUCAGGUUUUCUGCAUCACUAAAUGUGCACCUGCCUUCUUGGGUUGCUCUUUUAAAAUUUCUAGGGGUUGAUUUUCUGCUGCAUUAAUCUGAUGGUUGGACUAAAUAGAUGACUUGAUUCCAUCACAAUAUCCUUGUUAACUCAUUGAUUUACUGAUAUGACCUGAACUUUAUCACUGUAUUGUUUAACCCUUAGCUGAGUGGUGUCUAUAGUCAUUUAGCCUUAGUGACGUGCUCUUGGAUUUAGUUGUUCAUGUUAAUAAACAUUUAAAUGGGAUACUGA